GUUACAACUUUAAGCUUUCAACAUGAUGUAGGAACAUGUUCAGUCAGCUAAUCAAGCAAAAGGAAACGCUAGCCUAUAGCUACAAGCGUACAUACACUCGCUUGUUAGUCUAAUUUUGCAAUACAGAGAGCAACUUGUAAGGCCAUAAAAACAGCAGACCACAGCAGCCGAUUUGUUUAUAAGAAUUAGGGACUAUAAAGGCGGUCUGUAACGUACGACAAUGCGUGUUUUAUUUUAGAGAUCGAGAAAUCAGCCAGAAAACACUUGCAAAGGCUAAACAAGUUUAAUAUGAACACUAGCUGAAAUCGCCAGCAACAUUUAGAGUAUGACCGUUUUUUUACAAAAUAUAUUUUUGUAAAAAAGCUGUCCUUUUACAAAUAUAUAUCAGUGUAAAAAAACAGCUUUCUUACGGUACCGUUUAUAUAUAUAUAUAUAUAUAUAUAUUAAUAAUCACAGGAGUUCAGGCUUCAGGAGUAAUCAUUGAUCGUUUAUUGCGACAGUGCUGUUUCGUAUGGUCCGAAAUUGUAGGACCACACUCAUCAGGCAACUUCAACGAUUGACCGUUAAAAUUAAAAGCUGGCAGUAAAUAUAGGGAUGCGUUAAGAGAUAGUAUCUAGGUAACAGAUGGAUUGUGUCUUAGUUACGUUACUCUAGAGUUCUGAAGUACAUAUCUGUUUCUGUGGGGGCAUGAACUCGCUAGUUCGUUUCGCCUGUUUAGGCUACAAAGCUCUUUUUUACAAAUGAUGAUAAACUUUUCCUAAAGACAAAGAUUACAUUUUUUGCUAAUGUUGCUAUAGGCUUUACAUUUCUUUUAAAACUUUCCAUUUUAUCUGGAAAGGUUUGUUAGAGUCUUGUAAAGUCCAAAUAUAUUUUGAUAGUUCCGUUUCAUUUCUUCUGUUCGAGCGUCGAAAGGAGGACUGAUGGUUUCUGUAACGUUCCUUAAAGUUUGUUGCCAGUCCGACGUAAGUUUCAGUUGUCGUCGCUGUAGUUACAGUGGCUUGGUAGAUUACAUUUGAUUGGAGGCAUUUUCCUUCGAGUGGACAAUCUGGUUUCUUUCUGCAAUUGCAGGUGUCAGGUUGUUGCGUUGGUGAGUUGAAAUUUGAAAGAACGUACUUGUUGUGUGACGAGAUGACAGAUUUCAUGUUAGGCAUGCAUGAGUAGCUUAGUUUUAGCGUGUGUCUGUUGAAAAUCUUGUGGAGUGGGUGGUUUUUUGGAAAGCAUUUGUCGACGAUGUGCAGAAAUUUUCUUCCAAGGUUAGUUCUGACGUUUGAGUUGAAAGGAGGGUUGUACCAUGUGAUGUUUCUUGUUCGUUUUCUUUUGUUUUUCGGAGCUUUCUCUUGUGGGGGGUUGUAUGCUAACUUGUGGUCGUAUCCGCUUUCUGUUAGAGCUUUCUGGUAAGGGGCAAUAGAUUCGUCAAAUACUUCUUUGCUGGAUGAGAUGCUAGUUAACCUUUUGUUAAUGUUGAGUGGGAUAUUCUUUAGUAGUGCUGGGGGGUGGUUGCUCUGUUGGUGGACAUAGGACAGUUUAUUAUUAGGCUUCAUGAAUGGCUUGUAGCACCCGUUUGUGAGGUUGAAGGUCACAUCAAGAAAGUUGACGACCUUUUUGUUAGCUUCGAUUGUGAUUUUAAGGCCAUUGGAUUUGAACACUUGGCAGACUUCUUGCUUGGUUUUUUCAAUUUCUUUUGGAGUGGCCUUGCAAAUUGCGAGGCCAUCGUCUCGGUACAGACCAACUUCAUUUUUGAAUUUUGGUGCUAUCAAGGAUAACAUGUAGGCGCCUAUUAACUCGCACGUUUCUGCUCCGUCGUAAGAGCCCAUGGUGACAUCAAACAUGUUGUUUGCGUUCUUCUUGGUCCAUGGAGAAUUUUGGUGGUAAAGGAGUGACUUUUUCGCGUGAGUGAUGAUGUGGCGGUCUUGUUGUGUGAUGGUGGUGAAUCGUGAGGCAUAGUUUAAUGCUUUCAGUAGCAGGUCUUCAGAUAUGGAUGGGUAAAAAUCGCAGACGUCAAAGGUGAUAAAUGCGUGUUUUUCCUUUUCCGGUAUAUCUUUAAACCAUUCUAUGGUUUCUUUGGUACAUUUCCACAGGUUCACUUUAGUCGCUUGUGUGAUUUCGUGGUUUAUUCGGUCCAGGAUGUUUUUGCUGAUGAUGCCAAUUUCGGAUUUGCAUGGAUUAAUGAGUCUGCAGGUCGGGUUAUUUAUGAAAUCAGGUUUGUGGUCUUUUAGCGUUAUGAAUGAGUCUCUGGGCGCUGAGGCCUCAAUGCGGUCUGCAAGUUCCAGUUUUUCUGCGAUUAUCUUGUCUUUUAAAGUGAUCAUGUCCGGCACCUUUGGGUUUGUCUUCUUGUAUGUCUUCGUGACGUUUUUGUCUACAAGUGUCAUGUAGUCGUUGGGUUCAGUCUUGUAAUAGUUAGUCGUUUUGUCUGCUUUGACGAAAAUGUUCUUCUCUUCCUUUAUUUCCUUUGCGUCUUUGCUGAGCUUUUUCUGAAGAUCGUUAGGGUGGGUGUUGGUCU